UCAGGAUUAUUGCGCAGCAGCAGACUGACUGUCCGGUUCAUCUGAGGGUUGUCAUCAUGCAGUGAGACCAAACUAUUGAUUGAUGUAUGUAUGCCGUGGGCGGUGUCAUCCAUCAAUUCCUUCAUUCUACAUGCAACGAUUAGGCACACCUGGGCAUGUAUAUCACGACAGAUGGAAGACCCGUAGCGAAACGGAGCAUGUGCCUGGAAGGGAACUACCAUGGGUCGGCAGCUCUUGAUUGCUUCAAGCCGAAACCGAAGAGACCGAGCUUCGCCCUAGAGCUCUACCUUGACCCUCGCGGUACGUUUCAACGCGUCCACUCAUAG